AUGCGGUGGGAAGAGAAGAAUCAGUGCCGAGCAAGAUGCCCCAAGGAAAAAGGCCAAAAGGAAGAAGGUGGCCCAGCCCCUUCCAUCAUCAAGAAACGGGAUGCCAAAAAAAUGGUCAAUCCUUUGUUUGAGGAAAGGCCCAGGAACUUCGGCAUUGGGCAGGACAUCCAGCCCAAAAGAGAUCUAUCAUUCUUCGUCAAGUGGCCACACUAUAUCAGGCUGCAGCGGCAAAGAGCCAUCCUCUAUAAGCGGCUCACAGUACCUUCUGCCAUUAACCAGUUCACCCAGGCCUCGGCGGACAGGCAAACAGCUACUCAGCUGCUUAAGCUUGCCCACAAGUACAGGCCAGGGACAAAACAAGAGAAGAAGCAAUGGCUGCUGGCUCAUGCUGAGAAGAAAGCUGUGGACAAAGGGGACAUCCCAACUGAGAGACCACCUGUCCUCCAAGCAGGGGUCAAUACAGUCGUUAACUCGGAAAACGAGGGUGCUCUGGUUAAACUGGUGGAAGCUAUUAGGACCAAUUAUAAUGACAGAUAUGAUGACAUCUACCACCACUAG